AUGCCGCCGGAACCACCAGCCGAUACAUCAGAAUCAUGGCCCAGCGACACGUCAUCUCUAGUGGCCGCCAUCGAAAGCGAAGAAAACAAAUUGGUCUCCAGGCACUUCCCUCACCUCCAGGAGCAGUUUUACUCGUCGAUUAACGCGCAAAAAGGCGAGCUAGAAGAUUUGAUUUGCAAUUUACUUCAAGUUCCGUCGUGUCGCAUCAUUCCAUCCCGACUAUGGAGAUCGGGUAGCUUCAACGUUGCUAUCCUGGUCCGUCUACCAUUUGGCAAAAACGUGUAUCUGCGCCUUCCCUUUUUACAUCGCCUUGGGGAGCAUACGUUCCCUGGAAAUGCGGAAGAGAAACUUCGCACUGAGAUUGCAACGUAUCUCUGGCUACAGGAGCAUUGCCCAGACGUACCGAUCCCAUCUUUAUAUGCAUUUGGAUUCCCUGAUGGCUCAAUCGUACGAUCGACACGCUUCAAGAUCCAACACGCCUAUGCUGACUUUCUGUCUGUAUUAGUUCACAUGCCCCAAAAAUACCCCGUGGUGGCGAAGACUGGGGAGGCAUUUAAACGGCAUAAUUGCGUUUCUUCUUGGCCGCCCUCCUCCAAUACAGGUAAGAGUCUCGCAUUAUCCUGGCGUGAGCAUUACCAGGAUAAAACCUAUACGGACAAUCUGUUCCGUGGCCUAGCUCGCGUCGCGUUGCCAUUAAACCUAUAUAUGCACAUGGUGGAGAACGAGGGAGUUCCUAUACCAAUACCACGCCAACGGACCUACCUUGAAGUGGAAUCAUACCUAUCAGAUUUGCUCUCGCUUCAGGACACCAAGUUACAGGAACAACCAAAUGCCAUGCUAGACACUGAAGACGGGCGGCGCCAAAUGGCCGCCAUUGUUGCGCUACGAGCGACGAUGCAUCGCUUUAUAGACCCGGGCUUGCGACAAGGUCCUUUUUACCUUACACUGACCGACUUGCAUCAAAGUAAUAUCUUUGUCGACGAACACUGGAACAUCAAGGCUAUUAUUGAUCUGGAGUGGACACACACCUUGCCUGCGGAGAUGCAAACCCCUCCAUACUGGCUCACAUCUAGGGCUGUCGAUGGCUUAAAGGAGCCUCUUCACCUUCAACAAUACGAAGAGGCCCUUGAAAACUAUCUGACGGUAUACAUGGACGAGGAAAUUAAACGGAACGGUUCGACGAGGCAGGCCGACCUGCAGCGUAGAGCAUGGCGCAGUGGCAGUUUUUGGUUUUUUAAGGCCGCGACCAUACCAAAAGGCAUGUACAACCUGUUUAACAGGCACAUUCAGCCCAUGUUCAAUCAGCACCACCCGGAAAUGUCAAUCUUUAAUGACGUCUUCUACUGGUACUGGGGCCUGCAGGCGUCAGAUCUAAUAGAUAGGAAGUUGGAGGAGAGAGAGGAAUACGUGAACGAGCUCAGGAAGUCGGCUUGGAGUGCCCGAGAUUCUGCACAAUAA